CCGGCUUUCGGCGAGCGCGAUUUCAACACCAACCUUCAGUGCAAUCCACAACGGACGAACAGUGAACUCAAUGGAGAGGACGAGUUGCGAGAGGACCUUCACUAUCUUCAAUCAACUACUAGUAGCCUCGAACGACGGCAGACGACAUAAUGCGGUGGGGGGUGGUUGCGGAGGGUGGCGGCAGACGGCGGAACCCGCUCUGAUACCACUGGAAGGAUUAAAUCCAUCUCCGGCUGAGGUCUUUCUAUACAAAGACUCACAAACAUCACACUAGGGAUGACCACUUCACCUCCAAGCUUCUUCUCUACCACUAAGUAGCCUCUCUUACACUCUCACACAAAGGAAAGGAAGAAGAAGUAGAGCACUGCUCUCUCUAUGGAUAUCUCUCGCAGGCUAAUUUCAAAUGGAGAAGCAAGGGGACUACUAAUAGUCUGCCUAGUAAGCUGGAAGUCACGGGAUCGUUUGCGAAUGUGUUUGGCCGGAUUCAGAAUGGGCAUCGCUGAUUCCGGUAGAACCUCAUUAUCAUUCCAAGAAACAGUGCAGGAGGAUGAUGAAAUAUAAGGAAGAGGAAAUGGUAUCUUUUUCACCAUCUCGAACAAAAGAUACGCACUUUAGCUGAUCAUGAUUCUACCUUUCUCCCUGAAACAUAAAGUAAGUGAUGAUUGAUUAAACAACCCGUGUAUGUUGGGGAUUUGGAUGUGGAGUGCAGUGAGGGAAGAAUAAGGAUGUGCUAAACAUGUGUCUUCUCUUGAGUGAGGAAGAGUUUGGAUUAUAUGAACAAAUUUUAGGAAUAAAGGUCAAAUUGUAUGUCAAACCACUCAAACGACCAAUGUAAUUUUUGGCAUGUAAUGAGGGAAUUAACCGAAUUCUCUUACAUCUAAUCGGAAUAACUCAGAUGUAGAGAUUUGAGCCGCCGAGAUCCUAGGGGGAUUACGAGUAAACUAAUAGAAUUAUAAAUAGGGAUGUUCUGUACUUUACAUAUAACUCUGCCGGUAUAAAUAUAUAUUUCAGGGCUGCUCAGGGACUAACCUUUUCCAUUAUUCUCACAUGGUAUCAAGAGCACAUUAGUUUUUUUAUCCUCUCUUUCACUACAACUCGGCGCCGCGAGCUAACCCUAGAGCCGCCACCGUCUAUUCUCUUUCGGCACCGUCACGCAGUAUGUCGACUUCCGCUUCCACAUCCCUCAGCACGGCGGUUAACACGUCCCACCCCGCCUCCACUGCCGCGGCCAGCAUCGUCACAUCAACCGGCGCUUCUACGUUUUUUGGAAUGCUGCCGACGAUCACUUCUGUCUCUUCCGGUGUGACAUUCUCCUCCAACUUUGCAUCACCAAGCCGGGCCUCUAUGUCAUAUUCUCUGUUUCAGAAUAUACCACCAGUGUUUUCAUGGUCGGCUCCAAUUCCCGUGCAGGCUGUACCUCUAGAUCCACCCCCUUCUUGGCCGGAUCAUCGUUUAUCGGCCC